AUGCUAGAUGCGCGCUGCGUGUCUCCUGAGUGCCGGAGCUCCGUUUUUUGGGGCGAGAGCGAGAGACUUUGGGUACUCUGCUGCCGACAGAAGUGGCGGAGAACCACAGAGAACACAGCUCAGCUCAACAUCAUUCCGCCUAUUGGAGAAGUCAGCGGCGGUGUCGAAGCUGCGGAGGUGGCAAGGAUCAGCGCUUAUGCUCCUUUGCAAGGCCAGACCCGUUUGCUGGAACAGGCAAAGAAGGUUAAGGAGGCGUUGGUCCUCUGGCAUGGGCGAUCAGCUAUGCUUCCUGUGUGGGCCAAGUCGUUUUGGCAAGAGGUUGGCCUGCUGGAGCCGCUGGAGCUGAAGGAGAAGCUGGACGAGCUGUCCACUGCAGGGGCGGUUGCGCAUUCCCUGGACGCUUUCGGGCUCAGGAGGGCGGCGUGGAUAGGAGAUGAAGAUGAGGGCCCGGAAAGUUGGGAGGCGGCCCUGCCGCCCGACCUCAAGCGAGCGGGGCCCGAAAUCUACUCCUCUAUGAAGGCCUCGGGAGUGCGAUGUGUGCGCGAUUGGGUGAAUAGCAUGUUCAGUGUGGAUCAGAGACAGUCGGCGCAUUACGUGGAUCUGUUCAAUUUAGCCUUCUUGGUCGAUUUCAAGGCCAAGGAAGGGGGCUCAUCUCAAUCGAAGGUCCUGAGCACUAUUGCGCACGACGACACCUGUGAGGUGGCUCUGCGCCGAUUGGCAGCGUGGAUCCAUGAACGCCGCACUAGCGAUAGAGAUGCCGCGCAGAGCAUGCUUGCGAUCAAACCCUCAUCUUUCUCGACGGAUGUCGCGCCGAGCUGGCUGGUGACGGAGGCCGCCACUUAUAGUCAGUCAGAGCACAAGCGCCGAGAGCGCGCGAGGGCGCAGGGCGGCGCUGGAAUGGCAAGCUCUGGCGGUGGCGGCGGAGGUGGCAAGGGUGUGCGACUGGAGCUCUGCAAGAGUGCUGCUUUCCAUCUUGUUUUCAAGACCUUUGCCUUAGUGACGGGCGAAUUUUUCCACUGCCGGUGGGUUUUCUUUCUCAACGAUUUGAACAGUUCUUCAUUGCGGGAGCCUAAGAAGCACUUAGCUGCUGCGCGCUUGCAAUCCCCAACUAACGCGGCGCAAGCAGCUGUUCUGCGUCUUUGGGAUCGUGCUAAAGUUUGCCGUGAGGGCCGCCGUCAAGAGCCUGCGGUUCUUGAGACAGGCGGCGGUUCAGCUGCGGUGCAGAUUGUGAAGGGAGCCGUGGCAGAUGACUCUUAUGCUAGGGUCCAGAAGAAGCAGAAUCAGAUUCCUUUGCAAGCGGAUUUCAUUGCCGAGCCCUCGGAAGACCGAGUGGUGGACAUGUUAGAAGCUCUUCCACGCUCUGAAUCGGAGUUUUACAGCAGCGAACACAAUUGCAUUGACUUGGUUGGUAAAGCUAGGCAGCUUCAAGACGAGAUCGAGCAGCAGUUUGCGUUUGUCGGAGGCACGCUUGAUGAGUACCGCAAAUAUUUUCACAGAUUGGAUUUGCCUAGCAACAUGUGGUCUUGGAGGCCUUUUGCCGAAGUCAAAGCAGUUGCAGGAUUUUCGUGUGUACCUAAGAAAGAUGGGGUCACGCAGCGUAAGUUGUUGAUGUGCUGUUCGUUCAACUAUUUGCUAUCGGAUGUGGAGGCUCGGUCACGAUUAGGAAUGACUGGGGCUGGCGCCCUAGCGAGGGCCCAUCUCGAGAAGCCGGGCUUGAAGGCAGCAGUUUGUGAUCAGUCGAAUGCCUUUACAAGCGUACUGGUGCCUGAGUGGAUGAUCCCGUACCAGGCGGUCCCACCGAUUCCGGCGGGUGAUGUCUGGGAGCUUCUGCCUCGGCGUCUUCGGGAUGAUUUGUCCGCGUCGGAUUGGGUAUGUCCAUGUUACAUGCGAUUACCUAUGGGCUGCAGUCACUCCGUCCACAUCUUGAUGAACAUAAACUUGCGCAUUAUUGGCAUGACUUUGUCGUCGAGCAAGCUCCUGUCCCGAACCCCCUCUUCAGGUCACGCCGCGGAGAACUACGUCAUCGAACAGAGGCUUCCUGAAGUGCAUUUCGGAUGUUCGGAUGCUGAGUGGUGGGAGCGCUUUGAGUCUCGUGGUUCAGGGCGUGCCGAAGCAGGGUUUUCUGUGGAUGAGUGGUGGUAUGCCAUUCGCAAGGCCCGGCGCGCCCCUCAUCGAGUGUUUGUGAUAAUGCAUCUGUUUGGAGGGGAGCGGCGGACGGGAGACAUACAUCAUUUUGUCGAGCGCUUCGCGGAGGAAGCGGGGCUCACAGUGCUCAUUGCCUCUGUUGACCUGGCUACCGAUUACCGAUGGGACCUUGCGCGGGAAGACACUCAACAGGAACUUUUGGGCAUGAUGUCAGGCUUCGUUGACCUGUUGGUGCUGGGCCCGCCUUGCUCCACAGUCUCCAGGGCCAGGCACACCAGAAACAGUGCAGGGAUCAGACCAGUCCGUUUUCGUGAUUGUUUUUGGGGGAGGCCAGAUCUGCUGCCUCAUGAGCGUGCCAGGGUUGAGGAGGCAAAUGUGUUGUUCAAGCAUAGCAUGGCUUUGUGUGAUCGUAUCUCGCUGUAUGGUGGAAGCUCUCUGUGGGAGCACCCGAAGGACCCAGGCUACCAGCCCUACCUGUCGAUCUUUGCCACGACUGAGUUCAGGGAGCUGCUGGUGCGCACGGGGUCUUCUUCGGUGUCUUUUGAUCAAUGCACCCUCGGAGGUCCCACCAAAAAGCCGACUACCUUGGCGGGAAAUGUGCGGGAUCUCAAUAGCUUUGCUCAUUGCGCCUGCCCCGGUGAGAGUCAGCAUCAUCGGCAUGAACGCUCAAUGGGGUUUGACAGUGAAGGUCGCUUUCUUACGAGACGGCUGCAAACCUAUCCUCCAGGUAUGUGUCGACUUGUUGCGCAGUGUUUGAUCGCUACGUGCAAAGUUUGGCGAGGCUCUGGAGAAGGACCGACGGGCUUCUGUGCACGGGGCCCUCGUGCGCCCUUGGCUCCUUGGUCGGUGAGUGCCUCAGCUGAUCGCAUAGGAGUCAGGAUUUUGAACGAAGCCGUGGAGGAUCAUGUGCGGGUGCUGCUGGGGGAUGAUCAGUUAGGCCUCUACCUGCAUGUGGACGAUACACUGGUUCUAGGAGUGGGGGAUUGUGCGAGGCUGACAGCCCCCUUGAUGGAAGAGAUCGCUGAUAACAUGGAGGCCGCAGGCUUCAGAGUGCCCGAUCGCCGAUCGGGCGAUGAGAUCGCAAAAGUGGUAGGUUACGAGAUUGAUGCGCAGAAGGGUGAGUUCAGGCUGCCUCGAAAGAAGGCCAGGCUGUUACAGGCCGCUUUUCUGGAGGUGGCGAGUGCGCGGUUCGUAUGUGUCGAGCUGCUCAGGGCAUUGGUUGGAAUCUGGAGUUUCGGUGCACAACUUAGAAGAGAGCUGUAUUCCAUCCCAUUUUCAGUUUACCACAUGUUGGACAUUUGCGAGGGCCAGUUUGUGAGACUUUGGCCGUCGGUGAGGCGUGAGCUCAUCGCCAUGGCCAGGGCAGUGGAUUUUAUGGUUUUGCAGGCAUCGGACCCAGUGAGUAACGUGGUGUUCGCAACGGACGCCAUGGGAGCCGAUGAUGUCGACUGUGGGGGUUUUGGGAUUUGCAUGGCUCAGGCCGACAGCGAGGAGUUGGCAGCUCUGAUGUGGGCCGGCGAAGAGCCGUUGGCGGACAGCCGAUCACAUCACCAUAGGCGAAGCCAGGGCUGUCACAAAGCGGAGGGCGGCGCUCGGCAUUGCAAGUGGACUGCGCUUCAUCUUUUCGUGGUGUCAGUCUGCUCUCAUGCCGGCCGAUCGGGCUUCAAGACGCUCGACCCACUGCAUGUGAACUCCAUCUUGAGUGACACGUACAAGCGCUACCAAAGGGCGGUCGAGAAGUUUGAGAUUUUUCUGCUUGUGAACGACGGGGCUCCUUCAUCAGCUGCUGAACUUGACGAGUGGCUCGUUCUAUUCCGCCGGGAGGCCUCUUUGACACGGUCGCAGUUUGAGGUCACCUUGGCGGGCAUCCAGUUUGUGGCUCCGCGCUUAAAGGGCAAGCUUCCCCUAUCAAAGAAAGUCGUGAAAGGAUUGGUCAUCGAGUACCCCGCCAAACAUGCUUUUCCUAUGUUGUCCCGCUCGGCUAAGUUUAUUGCUAGUAAGAUGGCAGCAGAAAGGGAACAUCGUUUGGGAGUGUGUAUGCUGCUUCAACAAGCCACCGGGCUCCGGCCCUCUGAGAUGCUGGGGCUGCGAGAGCAUGACAUUAUCAGACCCAGUGAGUUCGUGCCCCGCUAUGUUCUUCGCCUCGGCACCAACGUGGGCACCAAGGUGGGGAGGGAACAGACCGCGUUCUUUGACCCCGACCAGGACCCGGUGCUUGCUAUGCUGUUGUUUAGGCUACUGCGUUCGACUCCGGAACAAGGGCAGCUGGCUGCGUGUGGUUAUGAUCACUAUCGGAGGGUUCUCGCGCGUCAUAGUGCGUGCUUGGGAGUGCGCUAUUCUCCACAUUCGUGCAGGGCCGGCUUCGCAACAGAGGCCAUCAUUAAGGGCGAGGCGCCCACACUCGUGCAGAGGCGCGGACGGUGGGCCUCGGAAGCGAGUUUCCUUGUGUACAUUGACGUGGCAACCGCUUUGCAAGUGGAGGCUGAGUUUCGCAGCCGUGCCCUGGAUUCGGAGAUUGACGCGGCCUCCCGCAACUUGUUGGUCUACUUCCCAAAGGGCUGCUUUGCGGAGGCGAUCGAUGGGACUCCCGGUCACCGUGGCGAUCGCAGACGCUUCGGAGGACGAAUCCUCGGAAUACCAACCACCCGCCUCUUUGCGGCAAGUGAAGGCUCAGUCGCGCCGACGCACUAUGACUCCACCGCCCCGGGCGAGUCAGGCCCGCCAAGGCGCUCGCCGCACCAAGCUGGCGCCGUUCGUGAGCUUCCGAAGCGGGGGGUUCAGCGAAAGAAGCCAGUGUCCUGUUUCAGCUGGGUUUGGAAGUUCUUCCGCAAGGGAGUGGCCCGACUUCGUUUGAUGGUACUAUGGGGAAGUCUGGCCUACGUGUUGGCGGCUGGACCCAUGCGCGAGCUCCUGGCACCGGUGCAGAGUUUGCUUGUGUCCACUGCACAGGUGGGUGAGAGUGCGGCUGGGGCACUCUCGUCUAUUCUGGAUGGCGGCACGCAGCUGGUAACUGCGUCCACGAGUGUGAUGCGAGCGGCUUCGGUCAACACUUUGAGCGUGGCACAGGCCGCCUGGGUUGGUGUGGACCUCGUCGGCAUGAAUGCUACCAAAGUGGUUGGGCGAGUUUUGGGCGAAACCUCAGAGGCCAUUGAGUUGUGGCUCUUCUCCGAGCAGGGACUGCUGCAAUCACAGGCAUUUCACCUGCCGGUGGUCGCCGCUGAGUCCGAGGCGUUGGUGGCUGCGGGCGACUACUGGACAGCUGCAGGGAGCGUCUCCUUCGCUCCCAAUGGCCUGGUUGUCUUCGAGUUCCGAGUGCUCCGAAUGCACUUUUCGCCUCGUUGGGCGAACCCUGUCUGGCAGGUGGGUGGAUGGAACGCGGCCGAUGAGUAUGAUCAGAUCCUCGUCAUCGCCCGCGACUUCGCCGCCACGGUGCCGGCAGUCAACCACACGUGGGACUACUUUGUGGCCCACCCGCCCUCCUCAACUUCGUGGCCCGCUGUGGCCGGGCUCCUUCGCCGCUCGGGGGCUCUGCUUACGAGCCCAUUUCGACGCUGCUGGCGCUUCUUGGCUUCCAUGUGGAUGUAUGGGACCUUGCAUCCGCUGGCAUUUGGAGGUCUGAUGCUGGUGGCUACGAGUUGUUGUUUCUGGGCACGCCGGGAUUUGUUUUCGGCGGCACUACCAACUGGAGGACAUGCCAAUUGGGCCAGGCUAGUGGAGCUGGUCUUGCUCAUGCGAGGCUGGGUUUUAGUGCGUGGAGGUGUGCUUGCGCGACAGCUUUGCGGUUGA